AUGCAGCAGAAGAUAGCAUUAUCUUAUCUAAACGGUCUCGAGAUCCGUACUUUAGACGCUUCCAAGAUCUCUGUAUUGAGAUACCAAUCUGGUUUUUCCGACACAUCUUUAUCGGGUCGAGGCCAGCUAUCAAUCCCAGACGUGCCCGUCCUCCCGCUCUUCGCAGAGCUCCCCUUUGUGAUCGACAUCACAACGACGACCGCCCCGCUCGCCCGCGCCAAAGCCGAUGCUCUACCCCCCGAUAAGCCUAUCUUCCCCGCCCCGCCCGUGGCGCACAGCGAGAUUCAAUUUCGGCUAUACCGCAAUCUUGUCCUCAGCCCAAAGGGGUAUGUGUGGACGACUGACGAUGCCGUCGCGUGCUUCUUCGGAGCCGGGAUCGACGCAAGGGAUGUCGUCGCUGACAUAGACUUGCCUGAGAAACAGUGGGUUGUUGACCAAGUUAGCCCACACGAUGGAGAGGAGAAGGGGAGUUGGGUGCAGCGCUCGGUGUUCACGUCCAAGUUCACGCUGAACCUCCCUCCAACGUUCGUUGCGCCCGGGCUCACCGUCCAGUACUACUUGUCACUCGAGGUGCCAUUUCCGGGUAUAGGGAACGACAUCCGCAUCCAGGUACCCGUCGUGAUCAGUUCGGGAAUCACUGAGUCUAUGCCACGAUCCCAAACUGGCCAGCCCCAGUCCCAGCCCCAGCGCUCGUCUUUGCCUCUCCGUCAGCCAGACCCUGUAGCGAUCUCGUCGAGUUCUGCUAGUGAUGCAGGCUCGGAUGUCCGAUCCCCAGCCGCUGCUUCAGGUCCUGCCCCGGCUUACAAGCCCCGAUCACCCAAACGUGACUUGAGUCUGCCGCCGGAAUACUGGGAGGCGGCGAACAAUGAAGAUGGGGGCCACUCGACCAAGAGGGCUUGAAGUGACGUAGCUAUGUAUCCGCGUUCAGAACAACUGAAUAUCAAGCUUC